ACUGUACCAUAACUUUAUGACAGCUGUCAAACUGACAGCUGAAACAGUUAUACACUCUAUUCACUUCUCAAUUUUUCCCCAUCUUUUAAGUCACUGUUAAAAUUUCCCAUUCUCUCUCGCAUCCAACAAUCCCACUUAAAUUGUAUUCCCUCCCUGUCAAUAUCACAGUGAAAGAUAGUAAAAAAUGUAAUGAGAGUUUAUGUAUCUAUACUACACAUCCACCAUAAUAUCCAUUCAGUUUGUGCAUUGACAGAUUGAAGCUCGGUUUUUAUAUUGUGGAACGCCAAGUAGUAGAUUUUUGUGUUGGUUGAAUUCUUUUUUGGACGUGUGAAUUUUUUGUAUUUAUUUAUUCUAAUAAAUAAUAAAGAAAUCCUUUUUAUAGAGAUUAAAAAGUGUGAUAGUGUAAACUCCAUCACUGCCUGGAAAAAAUCCAAAUAUUUUCAUUUCAUUUUGCUUGUAAAUGUACGAGUACUUGUAGUUAACGCCCUGGAAAAAAAUCACUAUUUUCUUCUUUUUUUGUGUUCCAUAAUUCUCCUUCUAUUUUCGCUCAAAUCUAAAAGAAGUGUCAAAUAAUUAAAAUUGAAAUAAUUCUUUUGGAAAAAAAGAAUCUAAAGUGAAUCAAAAAAAGUGACGAAAGGAUUAAAUAAACACAAGAAACAAAACAUCAAUAAAUUUAUUCUCUCGAAAAUAAUGGAGACUUCAUCUACAACAAAAACAACUACCAUGACAACACCAGCCAAAUUAUAUGGCAAGGAUUUAAGUGAAUAUGAUGAAGUUGAUGUAGAUGCAUUGUUGGCCCAAUUAUCACCAGAAGAGAUCAACAUUUUGGCUAAAGAAGUCGAUCCUGAUGACAACUUCCUACCACCAAAUCAACGUUGCAGCUAUGAAUGUAAAAAAGAUCCCACAGGACCAUUGGAUAGGAAGAAGCUGAUCGAACACAUUAACAAAGAGGCCCUUGAAACACCCGAUCUGCCUGAAAUCGAGCCAUUCGUUAAAGGUACAGUUCGUGGCAAAAAAUGGGUCCCACCACCACGAGACGAUCGAGAAUUAGCAGCCGAAGAACAAAUUGCCAUUGAUAUGGGUGAAGAAUAUGAACAUGCUUUAAGUGAUGCCACACAAGAAGAAAUUAUUGAUUUGGCUGCUAUUCUCGGUUUCCAUUCAAUGAUGAAUCAAGAUCAAUACCAUGCCUCACUUUUAAACAAAGGCCAACCAAUUGGUAUGGGCUGGGAUGGUAUUACAAAAUCUACAACACAAAAAUUAUAUCCAAUGGAUCCGCCCAAUACAACAGAUAUUGAAGAAUCUGUUAAGCGAGUUAAAGAUGAUGAUCCUAAAUUGAUUGAACUGAAUUUGAAUAAUAUUAAGAAUAUAUCCGAUGAGAAAUACGAGCAAUUGUUCGCCGCACUGCCCCAAAAUGAACAUCUGGAAGUUUUAUCAUUAACAAAUGUCGGUCUAACCGAUAAAACAGCUCUCUUAUUGGCAGAAGCUAUUGAAAAAAGCAAAACCCUGAGAGUAUUAAAUGUCGAAACAAAUUUCAUUAGUCCCCCAGUGAUUGUGACUUUGGUUAAAUCAUUACUCAAAGCACGUACAAUUGAAGAAUUUAGAGCCUCAAAUCAGCGAUCAACAGUUCUUGGUAAUAAAAUCGAGAUGGAGAUUACGGAUUUAGUGGAAAAGAACACAUCCCUGCUCAGAUUGGGUCUUCAUUUGGAAUUCAAUGAUGCCCGUCACAGAGUUGCCGCCCAUCUGCAGCGCAAUAUCGACAGGAAUGAGCAUGAAUUAAGAAAAGGUAAUUCAUUAUCGAAAACACCAUCACCAACUAGCAGACGCAAAAACUUGCUGUCAAUGCAAAAAGCUAAUUCACCUAAACCAGUUCAUCUUGUAUUAACACCGCAAGAGAGAAUCGAUUCGAAAUCAGAUUUAAUAGCAUCAUUGGUAAGUCAGAAACAAGAUGAUCGUGCUAUAAGAGGCGAGAUUUCAUUGGAAGUUCCUCAAAAUCUUGGAGCUAUUAAAAAACCUGUAACAGAAGUUGCAGAAAAAGUUUCUCCGAUUAAAACUGCAGAGCCUCCAAAACAAGAAGAAGAAAAGAAACCCGACAUCAAGAAUAUCGAAGAAGUAAAAGCAGUUUCUCCGAACCCAAGUGUAGACAAAAAACCCAUAAAAGAAGUUGAAGAAAAAGUUACUCCUGUUAAAACUGAAGAACCUUCAAAACUAGUUGAGGAAAAUAAACCAGUUAUCAAGACUGUCGAAGAAGUUAAAUCAAUUUCUCCAAAACCAAAUGUUGAGGAAAAGCCUUCUUUGAAGGAAACUAAGUCUCCUGAAAAGGAAAGAUCUUCUCCAGUAAAGGCUAAAUUCCCUGUUGAAGAAAGAAUUUCUCCAGUUAAAGCUCAAUCCCCUGUCGGAGAAACAAUUUCUUCGGUUAAAGCUAAAUCCAAUGUCAAGGAGAGAAUUUCUCCCGUCAAAGCUAGGUCCCCUGUUAAAGAAAGAAUUUCUCCAACCAAAACCUACAAAGUUCCACCAACUCCGUACCCAUCACUUGAAGAAUCUUUGCCAAAAUCACCUGGCGAAGAAACAGUUUCUCCAGUUAAGGCCCAAUCCCCUGUAAAAGAAAGAAUUUCUCCCGUUAAGGCUAAAUCUCCGGCCAAAGAAACAAAACCUGAGGCCAAGAUCAUUAAAGUUCCUCCAACCCCCUAUCAAUCGCUUGAUGAACCUUCAACUAAAUCUGAAAAGCCAGCAGUUGAAUUUUCUCAAAUAGCUGAACAAAACGAAGGUGAUGUAACGCCAUUAUUCGAAAAGAAAAUUUCUCCCACUCGCAAGCCAAAGAUCGGUGAACUUCGACACAGUAAUAUCUCACGAGCUAUUGAUAUUGAUUCACCUGAAGCUCUUGAAAUAGAUACUGUCCAAAGACCAGUUGAACUACCUGAGAAAUUGGAAAAAACUGCUGAACCAGAAUCUGCACCUUCUGAACCAGUUACAAUUGAUAGGGAUCGUUUGUCUGAAAGUGUUUCACCAAGUCGCCACUUGGAAGAUAAAAUGACACUUCUUCGAGCUAAAAUUGAUAGUUUUGCUGAAGUGGCUGAUGAAAAAAUGGCAAGUCUUCGAUCGAGAAUCGAUGAUAUUGCUCGAGAGCCGUUAAGUUCGGUCACUGACGAAGUCAAACCACAAAAAGUUCGAAGACCUGCACAGGUUAUACCUCCUUUGGAGUCUUUGACUCAGAUUUCAGAGCCUACUGAAGUAGUGCCAACAACUCUUCCUCCAAGACGUCCUUUGCCUUUGAUUAAAACCCCAAAUUCUGUUGGAAUAACACUUCUUUAUCAGCAGCAAAUUUUUGAAAAACCUUCAAUUACUUUAGGACUUAAAGAUAAAGAUGUAGCUAAAGAAGUUUUUCCACUUUCUGUAUUACCAAAAGUUGAGAGAAUUGCUGAAAAAAUCAAUCCCUUGCCUAGAAUUGAGUCGGUUCCUGAGGUUACUGAGGUUCCUGAGUUGAUAACUGAAAUUGUUUCGACAGUUCCGUCUUCGGAAAACCCUGCUGCUUCGAAUUUGGCAUUGAAGGAAGAAAAAACUACUCCAGAAGUUCAGAAAUUAAUACCUUCUACUCCAGAAACAGCUAAAGAAUUAGACAAACCAGUUUUGGAGAAAGUAAACGAACCUAUUUCUACGGUUUCAGCAAAAGCAAAGACUCCAGAAAUUCAAGCCCCAAUAGAAUCAAUGUUAUUCGAAACCACCAACAUUGAUAAAAUUAGUGAAAAAAUCGAGAAACCACAGGAAGAACUCAAACCUGUUGAGGUUUCUAAGCCUCCUCCAGAACCAAUAAAGCCUGAACCUCCCAAAAUAGAUCGAAGGAUUCUAACCUUAUCUCAACUAACUGUCAAAAAAGGUGAAACUGUCAACAUUGAUCCGAUUAAAACAAUCGAAAAAGAAACCCAAUCUUUACCAAAAGCUUCUCCUUUACUUCGUUUAUCGGUGAAGAAAGCCGAUUCUCAAAAAAUUGAUCCUGUCAAAAUGACAGAAGCUUCAACUCAAUCUAUACCCAAACCAAAUCCCAUGUCUCUACUUUCAAUCAAAAAGGGUGAAAUCAUUGCAAUUGAUCCGAUCAAAAAAUCAGAAAUUUCUACCCAGUUUAUGUUUGAGAUACCUCAAGAUGAAGCAGCUUCUCAAACUAUUGAAGAAGAACCAAUACAAACUUUGGAAGAUACAACUCAAACUCCAUUAAUUUUUUCGUCCCUUGAACAUGAUUAUAUCUUCCCUGGUCUUCGCCGAGUGCCAUAUUUACCUCGACCGAAGAGUAUCAAUAUUGGAGGUGGUGAUAGAGUAGUUGUCAAGCCAUCAUCUAAGCCUAUUAAUGAGGUAUUGAUGUUGCUUUAUCCGGUUCUUCAUGAUCAUAGUAGGCCAGAAACUAAAAGUAAGACCUUCGGACUUGAGGAAGAUUUGAUAAAGGCUCCUGACGUCGAUAACACCAUCAAAGAUCUUGAAGAAACUAUGCAGAAAGCAACUGAAGUAUCAAAAUCGAUUUUGACAGCUCCACCAACACUUGAAAAAGAGCCAGAAAAAGUUAAAGAAGAGCCACAGAAAAUCAUGGAAGAAGUAAGUGAAUCAGUUAGAACUGAGAUAGAAAUUCCCUUAGCAGAAGGGCCCAAACCUUCAGUUGCUGCUGAAGCUCGAUUUGAAACAAAAUUCACAGCUGUUGAAAAAGUUUCUGCUAUAUCACGAACUACUAUUGAAAGUGAAGAACAUGUUAAGUUUAUUGAUAAAGCUUACAAAUCUAUUGCAGAAGUUUCAACUUCAGAAAGGGAUAGAGCUACAACAACUUCUAUAAAAUCAGCAAAUAUGUGGCAAUCUUUAUCUAGCAAUCUUAUUAGAGCAUCUGAACAGACACUUCUUGAUCUAUCAAAAGCUGCUGAAAUGGGAGAAGGUGUCUCAACAUCGAACCGAACUAAAAUCGGAAAGGUUUCUGUAUAUUCUUCAAUUGAAGAUCUAUCACGAUCAAAGUUUUCUGAUCGUCAUUUAGGAACUUUAAUCAAAACUGUUGAAACAACAUCAGUCUAUUCGUCUAUGGAAGAUAUUCCAUACACAAAGUACUCUGAUCGAUACAAGGAUGGCAAAGCAGUUGUUAGCACUGCUUCGGUUUACUCUUCUACCGAAGAUCUUCCUCAGUCUUCAGGCGGUUCAAAAUACAGCCUUGACGUAUCGAAACCAAUAGCAAAAUCAACUGUCUAUUCUUCAAUGGAAGAUCUAACUGAUACUUCAUAUAGCAAAUACUCUGAUCGCUAUUCAGCUUCUCAUUACACCAUCGACUUACCUAAGCCAGUAGAAAAACCUAGAGAAAAACUAUCCCUGCUUCCAAGAAGUAAAUUUUCUGAUCGCUACAAAGAUGAUCAUUCUAGAUCGAUUGAUACACAUCCUCCAGAGAAAUUCCCAUCUUCUUAUGAUCUUUCUCAAGCUUCUGCAAUGAUUGAUAAAUCCUAUUAUAAAUCUUCAACUUUAGCUGAUCAUUCAGCAUCCCGUUCCCAUUACAAAUCUACUGAAGAACUUCUUCAACGAUCGAAGAUCACUGAUCGUAGCGCACAUGAAUCUCACAAAUAUCAAGAUUCUUCCCUUCAAACUUCUAUUCAAUCAUCGAUUUCUCGAAAUCAAUCAGCCUUAAGGCCUUAUACUUAUGUACCAUCAACGGCUCAUAGCCAUUUGUCAAUUGAUCAUGUCUUGAACAGGCCUGCAUCACCUUCAACUCACACUACCACUUUGCAGUUGAAUAUAUCUCCAUCUGGUAUCAGUGAACUACCAUCAACUUCUAGAGUAGCUUCAAGAUACUCAAACAGGGACAUAAUUGACAAACCAAUGAUAAAAAUCUCUCGAGUUCGAGAUGAUCCUAGAUCGUUUAGAAUUUCUCCAAUCGAAAAGAGAUCAUCAAGACCAACGAAAAAUCUUCUAUCACCAUAUCAAUAUCAAGUUUCUGACCCAACCGAUGAUGAAGAUGAAUCAUUAACAAUUGAAGAAUCAUCUCAGCCAACAACGCUUGAUACAUUAUCAUCAUCUGCUUCAACUACAACUGCAACUGAUGCUAUUGACCCAUCUCCGAAAAAACGAAUCAAUAUCAUGGAUACAAUUAAAGCGUUAAAGAAUCGUGUUCGUGAUGUUAUAACAACUGAAGAUCGUUUCACUGAAAGUCAUCGCUUGCCAUCAUCUUCAUCGACAAACACUUCAUCAUCUUCUAAUACAAGACGAGGGUCACGUAGCACUGGUGUAAGAUCGAAAAUUCCACGUGGCAACGAUGAGAAAGAAAUUUAAAACAAAUAAUAAAUCAGUGUUUUGACGAGAAAUGUGAAUUUCGAACUUAUAUUUUGUUACACUAGAUUUCUUUCUCUAAAGCUGAGUUCAUUUCAUUUCAAAAACUUUUAACUG